AUGCCUGAUAACAUUCCAUGGAGUCAACUACGCCGUCGCGACCAUAGUUCGCUCCAACUACCAUGUAGAAGUUGUCCAAGGUGGUUCAAAACUAUCGCCGGGCGAACAAAACAUCGCAUUUCAGCACAUCCCAUCCCGCCAGUACUACCUCAGGACAACCACCAACACUCUCCGGAACCCAUCAUACCAGAGCCCCGUCUGCCAAGCCCACAGCCUCAUGUCAACCACAAUAUCGACAUGGAUGUGGAUGAAGGAUAUGCCGACUUGGAGCACCAACAUCAACCAUCGCCUCAACCAAACGUUGAUACGGAAUUCAUUGGGCCUGGGGAUCACCUGUAUCGAAACUAUCAUAUGGGUCUCAAUGCCAGACCAUGCAACACGGAUGGUAUAUUCCUCCUCCCUGGCACUCCGCCCCCACCUUUGGAGAACGUAGCAACUGGCGACUGGACACCCUUUCGCAAUCGUACAGAAUUCGAAACGGCAGAGUUCCUGUAUACGCAAAAUCAGAUGCCGGCAGGUCAAAUCAACCGGUUGCUGGAUUUAUGGGUGUCUACCCUUGCAAAACAUGGCAACAAGCCGCCAUUCGCAGAUCAUCAUGAUCUGUACGAUGUCAUCGAUAAUUCACCAUUUGGGGACAUGAAUUGGCAAAAUUUUACAGUAACUUACGAUGGUGAGAGACCUGAAGAUGGUACCAAGCCAUGGAUGGACGACAAAUACGAAGUCUGGUUUCGUGACCCACGUGAAGUCGUGCGCAAUAUGCUUGCAAAUCCAACAUACGCCAGUGAAGUAGACUACUGCCCCUAUCGAGAAUAUUCAACCGAGGGCAACAAGCGCCAGUGGAAGGAUUUUAUGUCUGGUGACUGGGCAUGGGAUCAGGCAGAUGAAAUAGCUAAGGACCCGAGCAUGCUCGGCUCUACGUUUGUCCCUGUCAUCCUUGGCAGUGACAAAACGACAGUUUCAGUCGGGACAGGUAAUAAUGAGUAUUAUCCGCUAUAUGCCUCAAUUGGGAACAUUCACAACAAUGUUCGACGAGCCCAUCGUGAUGGAGUAGCAGUCAUUGGCUUCCUUGCUAUGCCGAAAACUACAAAGGAACAUGCUACCGAGGCAGUGUUCCGAAAAUUCCAUCGACAGCUGUUCCAUUCGUCACUCUCCAAGAUUCUCAACAUGCUGAAACCAGGCAUGACAACCCCCGAAGUCACUCGUUUUGGAGACGGUCACUACCGUCGGGUUAUAUACGGACUAGGGCCAUACAUAGCAGAUUAUGAGGAGCAAGCGCUGUUAGCAUGUAUCGUGCAUGGUUGGUGCCCUAAAUGUAUGGCAUCUCGUGAGGAUCUCGACGAAGAUGCGUUACGUCGUUGUCGCGAAUACACAGAAGCACUCGUUCAAGAAGGUUCCUUAGGUGACCUGUGGGAUGACUUUGGAAUAGUCGGGGAACUUGUAGCAUUUACGAACGACUUCCCCAGAGCUGACAUCCAUCAGAUGAUCUCACCGGAUAUUCUCCAUCAACUCGUCAAAGGAGCAUUCAAGGACCACCUCGUCGAAUGGGUCGAGAAAUACCUCAGACACACGCAUACGAAACGAAAGGCAGAUCAAAUUAUGGAUGAUAUUGAUUGCAGAAUUGCCGCUGUCGCCUCAUUUUCAGGCUUGCAACGAUUUCCUCAGGGACGUGGCUUCAAGCAAUGGACAGGAGAUGAUUCGAAGGCCCUGAUGAAGGUCUACUUGCCUGCCAUCGAGGGUCAUGUACCCGUAGAUGUCGUGUGCACCUUUCGUGCACUUCUCGAAUUUUGUUACCUAGUCCGUCGUAACAUAAUCACAGAAGACACUCUAGUCGAAAUCGAAGAUGCUCUCUCACGCUUUCACCAUUACCGUAACAUCUUCAGGAUGACAGGAGUGGUUCCUACCUUUUCCCUACCUCGUCAACAUUCACUCAAGCACUAUGUCCAAAACAUACGAUUGUUUGCUGCACCGAACGGCCUCUGCUCAUCGAUUACUGAAAACAAGCACAUCAAAGCGGUCAAGGAGCCAUGGAGACGAUCCAGCCGUUAUAAUGCACUUGGUCAAAUACUUGUGACCAACCAACGGCUCGACAAACUUUCCGCAGCACGAGCUGACUUCACACGUCGGGGAAUGUUAACUGGUACUUGCCUCUCAGUAACUAUGGACGCCUUGGUACCCGCACAGCAGAUCAAUGAACUUGAUGAAAAUGUGCCGGCACCAGCACCAGCACCAGCACCAGCACCUCUGCUGAUCGGCAUCAAUGAGGACCUGGAAAUUGAUGAUGAGGGCAAAAAACGUGCUCAAACUAUUCCUGCACUUGCCGAAGAACUCAAUAUUCCUAGUCUACCUGACCUCCUCAGACGCUUCUUAUUCCAACAGUUGCAUCCUAAAGAUCCUCGCGACCCAUCUAACAUACCCCUCGCCAAAUGUCCCCUCUAUCUUAGCAAAAUCUCGGUCUUCAAUUCCGCAUCAUCACGAUUCUAUGCGCCGAGUGAUUUGAGCGGGAUCGGUGGUAUGCAUGUUGAACACAUUUGUUCUUGCCCCAUCUGGCGGAACGAGUACCAGCGCCAUGACUGUGUUUUCAUCAACACAGACUCCAGUUUGCCUGGCAUGCAAGGCCUCGAAGUUGCCCGUGUUCGUGCAUUUUUCUCAUUCAGGUACCGGGGCAGGUUAUAUCCCUGCACUCUAAUAAGCUGGUUCGACAAAGUUGGCGACGCCCCAGAUGAAGAUACAGGAAUGUGGAUAGUUCGUCCUGGAUUUGGAGCAGACAGUGCUCCAGGGUACGCGGUCAUUCAUAUUGACUCUAUUUAUCGUGCUGCGCAUCUUAUUCCCAUGUAUGGCGUGCAAUUUGUGCCCCAGGAGCUCAAAUUUUAUCAUUCAUAUGACGCAUUUCAAGCCUACUAUGUGAACAAAUACGCUGAUCACCACGCAUUCGAGAUUGCAUUUUGA